AUGAUCGGUGCGCUUGUUCGAUCAAACCGCCGAGUUCGUAUUGGGUUGCCUUUCGGAUACUUUGUAGCAGUUUUUGGCGCUCUAUGGAGAGUACAUCAAGCUGCCUUAGCGCUAGGUUAUACCCUAAUUGGCUUGGUGGAGUCCCUCGCUGCUGCUGCAGUGCUCCUCCGCUUCAUUAAAAACCGGCCGUACCAGUUUGACAUCCCUCGGGCAGCAGUGGUCUUCACAGUGCUGAGUCCCCUCGUAUGUAGCCUGGCUUCCCUGACUAGAUCAUGGUUGAAGCAACAGUUCGAUCCUGAGCAAAAUAUAUUUAACAAUAUCCGACAAGAUUUUCCGAUCGAUUGGUUUGGAAUAGCGGUUCUUGCUCCUUUAGCCGCUUGUUUGAACAUGGAUCAAGUGCAGGCAUUUCAUUACCGUGGAUCUUCCCGACGAAUAGAAGUGAUUGGCGCUACGCUGGCCUUUACGACUUCCUGCAUUCUCCCAGAGGUAUUCGCAAAGACAAUGUCGGACCUAGGAGUUGUCGUGGAAUGUUCCGUCUUUACGAGUUUCCCGUUGAUGCUGUGCGCAGGGGUCAUCUUUGGCAUACCUGGCCUGUGUUCAACAGCGCUGGCGGCAAUGAUAGCGCUGUCAACUUCUAGUACUUACAUUUUCAAUGACCGAGACAUGGACGAUUCAUCUUCGUCGCCACCACCACCUCCUCCCGGCAUUCCCUUAGGCCCGCCUCCCGGUAGCCCGACGUUCCACAUGCAGCCGUUGCAGCGAAUACGUUUCUGGUACGCAAUGCUGAUUCUCGCUGCUCUCUACGUCGUCGCUGUGGUGGCGGAAAAUCAACGAGUGAUCAGGUCAGUAGAGAAGCUAGUGGAUCAGCGGACAGGCGAAUUGCAAGAAGCACUGGAAUGUGCCGCAAAGCUGCGUGAUACUGAACAGCAGACUAGUAAACUCAAAUCAGCCUUCCUCGCUUUUCUCUGUCAUGAGCUGCGUAAUCCGCUCCAUGCAAUCCUGAAUAUGAGUUCAUUUCUCCUUGAGACGGUUUCAACUUCUGGUAUCAAGGAACAAGACAACAAGGACGGCGAUGAUGUCGAUGUCGAGCGUUCAGCCCAGGCAGUCAAAUUAGCUUCUGAAUACAUGCUGAGUCUCGUCAAUGAUACUCUUGAUUUGGGACGCUGCGAGAAAGGCGACUUUCAUUUUCACAGUCUACCUGUGGACGUCCGACGUUUGCUAAAUGACACCUUUACAUGGGCAAGUGAACUUGUAAGGCAGCAUGCCAUCAACUUUGUGACGAUCGUGGAUGAGAGCGUUCCAAAAUGCAUUUUGGUCGAUCCAGUUAGAACACAACAGGUCCUGAAUAAUAUGAUAAGCCAUGCUUACAAGUUUGCACCGUCUUAUUCUCGCAUCACUGUACACGUAUCCGCGAACCCGAUACCAAACGCAGAAGACAAAACGCAAUUAUCAAUGAGUGUGUCUGAUACAGGCCCCGGAAUGACUGCCGCCGAGCUCGAUCUCCUCUUCCGGCCGUACGCGCUUCAUCCAGCUGGAGCAAGAGAAUAUGGAGGGAGCGGGCUUGGAUUGGCGAUCACGAACGAAAUCUCCAGACUCAUGGGGGGUAACAUCCAUGUCAGUACUGUACUCGGGCAAGGAACAACCUUGAGGUUCACGUUACCGGUCACGGUCGUUGAUGAGGUACUGGAGGACGGAAGUGCCAUUCAGGGAAGCUCAGAUCUGAGGUUUGAAGCACUCACAAAACAGGUCAUGAAUGAACCGCUUGUAGCAAAAGCACUAGAGAUUUCGACAAACAUAGGUAGACAGAUGGACAGAAGGAGGAGUAGCUCGUUACUGCAUGUUGACCCAAGUAGACAUGCCGAUCCAUCUGCAUCUCGACCACAUAAUGGAUGGGUCGCACCAAUGGGACACACCGGAACGCCCAAUGCACCCAAGAUUUCCAGAACAUGUAUAGAUGUACCAGAGAUAUCCGAUCCAACUCAAAUAUCCACCUCGAACGGGCUUAAUAUUUCACCUCCACCUGUCAAGUCGGCAUGGGAGCAUCCCGAAUAUCCUAAUAGUAGCUAUGAGACGGUCAAAGAAGCCAUCAUGGUUGUGGACGACUCGGGGAUCAACCGCCGAAUAUUGUGCCGCCAUCUGUCUAAAUUAACUGACCUGCCCAUCCAUCAAGCUGCUGAUGGGCAAGAAGCAAUAGAAAUGUACGAAGCAGAGAAGACCACCCGAUACGCUAUCAUUUUUAUGGAUUUGAUGAUGCCACAGGUGGAUGGUCACGAAGCAACGCGCUCUAUUCGAAGCAUGGGCUGCCAGGCGCCCAUCGUUGCAACAACAGCCUCCGUGGUACCUGGCGAGGAGGCCAAAGCUUUGACCCAGUUGCGUCAAUGCGGCAUGUCGCAUGCGCUGCCGAAGCCCUUUACCAAAGAACAGAUCGAAAGCAUAUUGAAGAGUUAUGGUAUUCGCAAACUCGAUACUACAUCGAACGGAAUCAAGAUUGAUGCUGAAGGAAGUCAACAUCAACAGCGGGUUGCUGAGGUUAAGGAAAAUGAUGGGAGACUUACCGCUACAGCGGCGAUUCAAGUCAUUGAACCAAGUGCAAACGGUGGCAUGAACGGUCGUCAGCUUGAUCCAUCAAUUGAUACACUCUACCCGGGGGCGAAUCACACGAUUAGCGCCUUGAAGCCAAGCCCUCUUUCGACACCUUCCAGCUCAAUGUCCAAUCUUUCAAUUCCACACAGUCUACUCGGAGGAUCACAAUUUAAGGACAUAUAUGUUGAUCCGCCCGAUAGUGGUAGGAUACCACCGACUAUCAGAGAAUUACAGAGCGAUACGAUACCUUCGGGACGAAAAUUAGUUCUGGUUGUGGAUGAUUCUAGUGUCAGUAGGGAUAUUCUAUCAAAGAUGCUAGAAAGCUUUGGUUACGAAGUGCAUGAAGCAACGAAUGGAUUUGAAGCUUUGCAGAGAUGUUACUGGGCGAGCUACGUUCUCAUACUAAUGGACCUUGAAAUGCCAGGAAUGGGUGGCCAGGAAGCUUCUGCCCGGAUCCGGACAGCAGGCUUCACACAUCCAAUUGUGGUAACCACUGCUCAUUUAGCACAGGUUGAGUCUCCCGCGGCCUUGCAUCGUGUGGGAGUUACUGAGGCACUAUCCAAGCCGAUAUCAAGAGCCAUGCUUCUAGACGUGCUUGAGCGAUAUGGCCUACCCCCAAUUGUACAGGACAUGGACGGUUCACGACCCGCAUGUGAAGAGAAGUCAUAGAGGAUACCGCUCGUGGUCAACUGAAUCUUCUACAUGCUCAUCAGAGUGUGUCAUCACCCGAAAGCUGUCUGACCAUAAAGAAAGGUCGGCGGUGGUAUUUCAAUCGAGUGGUUUUUAUAUAAACGCCAUGUAUAUGAUCAUGUUGGGAUUUUAUAAAUCGAAUGUUAAAUGAUGAUGGACAAUAGAGUUUUGUAAUGAUCCUUUCAGAUACUUCCUGGAACGCUUUCCGUUCUUCCCUUGCCGAGAUACAAAAUGCCACUUCAAUCCGUUCAGGCUGUCGUUGAGAUCCGUUCAGGCG